UACUGGGAAUGAGCACCGAUAGACUCAGAAAAGAAUGGCUGAAAAACUUGUGACAGCAAAAACAGAAGAAAAAGCAAAAGAAUUGGAAGAAGAAGCAAAGAAAGUGGAACUGAAAACCAAGAAGGAGCUGAAGCCCUGGGAGCAGCACUCUGCUGUCAUCACCAUUCCUCGUUUUGACUACAAUGCCCCUUCUUCCCUCCCCAGUCAUUCCCACUCCGGAUUCCUCAUCACCUGCCCCAUCAGUAAGAGAGGGAGAAGAGUGCAACAAAAGAAGCCAUGUCAAUUCUUGAAAAAGUAUGUCAGAUCUUUGAGUAUUCUAAAUGCUGAAGGUUCUGAAAGUUUGGAUGUGAAUAUGUCAGCUAAGAAGAGGAGAAUAUCUGUAAGUACAGAGAAGGAACUUGGCAACAGUUUGGAGAGGAAAGAUGCAGCUGAUGACUUUGGAGAACCUGAAGGAGCUCUCGGUUGGGUUUCUGGAAUAAGAGCUGGCCCAGCCAAUUUGGACAACUCAUCUUCCACAAAGUCCAGCGAAGGAACCAGUGAUGCAUCACCUGCACAACAAGAGGACGGAACCACCAAGAAGCAACGGAACUGAAUACUUAAGGCUGCCCUAUUAAAGUAUCCAUACUCAUCUACUACUACUACUAUAACUAAAUAAGGGACUCCAUAGAGCCAGAACUACAGCAUUUACUCUCUUUCUGCACUCCAAUCUUUCCUUCAUGGACUAUUACUGCUGAUCUCAUUCUCCGACUUUAUGGAUUACUUUAUGGACUAUUUCUGGUUUGC